AUGUCCACCCAGCAAGUCCGAAGAAGCAUAUGUGAUGUGCUGGACAUUGACCCAGAUCAUGUAGAUAAUGACUGGUCGAAAGGCCGGUUGAAAAAGCUGCAAAAUACGACGUACACCCUGUAUAACGUCUCACUGAAUAAGGUGAUGUUAAAGCAGCACGAAGAAGUAGCCAGGACGCAUUUGUGCGCCUUUUUGGCAGCAGAGAAAUUGGCCGAAAAAUACGAACCAGACUUGAGGUUUGGACCGGACAAAAUCCCGCUAGAACCCAGACAGGUUUUGAAAAUGCUGGAUAUCAUGCGGACGACGAUCUUGACCUCAUCGCCUGUCAAGGGCUUGAGUUUUUCACCCAGCCCCCGUAAAGGCAGAGGCAGCCCCGUGCGCAAUGGUGGUCGCUUCACUGCGGUUGAUCCUGUAGAGAUGCGCAGACAAUUGUUCGGAACGCCUACGAAGCAAGGGAAGUCGUCCACGCCGGUGAUGCAAACGACCUUAGCGAAAGAAAUCGGCCAAGAGAAUACUAAUAUUAAAGAGCAUAGUGAAACGGUCGAAAACACUCCGCGGAGAAAACUUGUUUUUGAGAUGGACGAGGCCGAAGACCAACGUGAUGUUGCAAGCGCUAUGGGAGAAGCAAACGAUAAAGAGGAAGAAGACGAUAACGAGGAAGAAGCUCUUGAAGAAGAAGGAGAGAUAUACGACGCUAAACGUCCCACCCCACGCAGGCUAAACUCUUCGCCCAAAAAACGUUUCAAAGCCUCCGAUUUCGACCCCUCAACGGCCACAUCGGGAAACGGAGACCAACGUCGCUGUUUGCUGUACAAAAAAUACUACAAAGUAACGCCCGCUGAGAUCGUGGAGCUUUGCAACCAUUUCGAAAUUCCCCGCGAUCUGGCGUAUCGCAUCUUGGAUCAGUUUUUCGAACAUGCCACUUAUUUGGUUUUCCCAUAUCAAUUGGUCUGUGGGCUUAUUCUUAAUUGCUGCCAGGUCAUUUUCAAUGAUCAGCGCCGCAAAGACCCCCGCGUGUCGGAGUACCUUUAUCAGAAAAUGUGUCUGCUAAUGAAGACGACGGAUAUAUCCGAGAUCAAAGAAUGCAUGCGCAUUGUGCGCGAACUUAUUGAAGGUGAACAAUGGUUCCGAGGACUCAAGGUCAAGUAUGACUACUACGAUGGUGUUGCAUAUGAAGAAGCCAUAGCCAUCAGGCUGGGUAAUAUGCUACAAAGGCCUACAAAUAUUGCAUCUGAUGAGCAACUUGAAAUUUGGAAAAGUCGUCUUGUCACGGAUCUAUCGCUGAGGGAUGGGGCUUGA